GGACGGAAAUAUUGUCUGUAUUCAUACCUGCAAGUAUGUAAAUCGAAUACUUUACUACUGUACCGCAGCAAAAACUUGGAACGCAGAACGGUGCCCAAUACUUGUUCUGAUUUCCGUGACAACAAAGCGCUGGGGUUGGUAGCAUUUAAGCGUAUUAUCGCCACGAUAAUAUAUCACAUAAUGACUCUCUUAUUGAAUUCAGACCCUGCCUCUUAUUCACCACUCAGUUCUGUUUCAGAACACCAGCUGAUGUCUUCGCUUGCAAAAGUCACAUCUGUUCUCACUGACGACCGAACUCUACAACCAAUCAGGCUUGAGGCGGAUCAUCAAAGAUCUCCACACGUACCUCGUACUCGAUCAUAUUCCCACUACCGUACAGCACAUACUCCUGCACAUUCUCCUAAGUCAUACCUUCAGGCUACAAUGGCAAACAUGCCACAUCGCACACCACUUCUGAUUUCUCCAGAUAGUACUAAUCCUCUGUUCAACACCGAAGCCACCACGCAUACGACUGCAACGUUUAGAUUACGCGAACACCGUCCCUAGCGCCAUAUACUUUCGAACUUCUAAUAUAGACAAACCUAUUACAAAAAUCAAACCUGCUCUCCUAAAUAGACUCGAACUCCGCACAGUUUCUAUCGUCAAUAUGGUAAUGCGACCAUUGAAGUGAUAGUGAGAUUUACCUAUAUCUACCUCGUAUGCCAAGUGGUCACAAAAGCUUUCAACUGGAAACGUAACAGUUACGCCCACCCCACGCGACUUACAAUUCUAAGCAGUAAAUAACUAGAUUACCGACGUCUCACAGGAAUGCUCUCCAAUGCAUCCAAU